CGCUCUCUGCUCCCCGCCCGCGAUGUCCGUCCUUGGCCAUCUGCUGCGGCCAGCAGCAGGUGCCCGCAGGGCAUACUCUGCCUUCUCCAAAGCCGGCGGCGGCCGCUUCUUCGUCCCCGCCAAACACCUCAAGGACGCUCCCUCAACGAGCAAGACCAACGUCGACUCGUCCAACGGCGAGGUCUCUACCACUCCAUCCAAGGACGAUGUCGGAUCGAUGUCCCCCCAGAACGUGGAACCCAUCGGCUCUACAUCCUCCCUGACAAUGUCGUCACACUUUGCACCCGUACAUCCACGAAUCAAUCCCCAGGACCUGAAGCUGCACCAGUUCUUCUCCCUCCACCGACCUCUGCUCACGCUGAAUCAGCCGCCGUCAUCUCUCUUCGAGACGCACUCGUCGCUGUUCCCGGUCACGUCGCACUCGGCGUCCGAGAAUAGCAAAUACGGGAGCAUGGAGGAGUUCGCAGACGCCUCCCCGGAAGCCGAUGCGGACGCGGCGCGUCAGCUGGCGCGGACGAUGGUCGUGAACAGGAUCGGGGCUUCGCUGGCGUGGGAGGACACGCUGAAGCGGCUCGGCCUGGACCUGACGUCAGGACGCGCGGAGGAGGUUAGCAUGGCGGAGGCGGAGUUUGAGCUGUACAUGGACAGCACCAAGAGGAAGCGCAGAAAGAAGAUGAAGAAGCACAAGCUGAAGAAGCGGCGACGCCUCAACCGCUCCCAGAGGGUGAAGAUUGGGCGGUAAUCGUAGACUAUACACAGCCAACUUCUAGUAUUUCUCGAUCUAUACGGGCUCCGCCGACUCCAGGACCUGUACCUCUGCACAGAACCUCAUAAUUUACCGCUGAUGCCUCUCAC